AAGUAUCUGGAGAACAGGGGACUUUUAUUUUGCACAGCGCUCGGAUCUCUUAGGCAACGCGCAAGUAUGCACAGAAGACCACAGCCGGGGAGACGACAGCCAGAAAACGUCCUUUGGGAGCGCGUAAAGGACAGCGCGGCGGCUCCCAGCACUCCCUCCGCGGGCCUUGACGUCAUCAGAAAGCACCGGAAGUGUGGCGGCUGCCGCGGAGCCACGUGUGGAACCGAGAGCCGGCGUCUGCUGGGUCUCUGACACUUGGCAGACCUUAAAACCAUGAGUUUCGUGGCAUACGAGGAGCUGAUCAAGGAAGGUGACACAGCCAUCCUGUCACUGGGCCAUGGCUCAAUGGUAGCAGUGCGCGUGCAGCGUGGGGCACAGACCCAGACCCGGCAUGGCGUCCUGCGGCACUCGGUGGACCUCAUUGGCCGCCCAUUUGGCUCCAAGGUGGUCUGCAGCAGAGGUGGCUGGGUGUACGUCCUGCACCCCACCCCUGAGCUCUGGACAGUGAACCUGCCCCACCGCACACAGAUCCUUUACUCCACCGACAUCGCCUUACUCACCAUGAUGCUGGAGCUGCGGCCUGGUUCUGUGGUCUGUGAGUCAGGCACAGGCAGUGGCUCCGUCUCCCAUGCUAUCAUCCGCAGCAUCGCCCCCACUGGCCACCUACACACAGUAGAGUUCCACCAGCAGCGGGCAGACAAGGCGCGGGAGGAGUUCCAGGAGCAUCGGGUGAGCCAGUGGGUGACAGUGCACACCCAGGAUGUAUGCCGCAGUGGCUUUGGUGUGAUCCAUGUGGCUGAUGCGGUCUUCUUGGAUAUCCCAUCACCCUGGGAAGCUGUGGGCCACGCCUGGGAUGCCCUCAAGGUUGAAGGUGGGCGCCUCUGCUCCUUCUCUCCCUGCAUCGAGCAGGUGCAGCGCACAUGCCAGGCACUGGCAGCCCGAGGCUUCACAGAGCUCAGCACAGUGGAGGUGCUGCCACAGGUCUACAAUGUGCGCACCGUCAGUUUGCCCUUGCCUGACCUAGGGGCCAACGACUUAGAGGUCAGCGUGGGCUCCGAUGCCAGCCCCUUCCGUAGUGGCACGCCCAUGAAGGAGACUGUGGGCCACACUGGGUACCUGACUUUUGCCACCAAGACCCCAGGCUAAUGGGCCUGGGCAGGAGUAUCACAGGCAAGCAAGGCUGCCUUAUAUGGUCAGCCACUGCCUGUGGGGCUUGUGUUUAGAAAUAGAUGGCAGGGUGGAGCAGGGGCCUUCUGGGUGGUUGAGGGGGGUGCGUAGGCUGGCCCUGUUCAGGAGGAAGGCAUCCCUGUCUUCUGAGAGAGACACCACCUCGUCACUGCCCAGCUCUAGCUCUGUCCUGGCUGCUCUCUGUUAUCAACAUGAAGUUUCCUCUCCAUAAUCUCUUCUGAGUGUUGAGACCAAAUGGUACAAGUUAGCCGCUGCCUGAGGCCUUGGGCUGACAUACAGGGGCAGUGGACUGUCCCGCCCCUGAUCUAAGGCUCCAGCCACUGGUGGUCCAGAGCUUAGCCAGAAUCUGCGGUUGAGCUAACCAGAAAGCUUGGCCCUGCCCUCAUGCCCUCUGCACUUCUCCGAGGCUGAUGGAGGGACCAGGCUGGCCUGGGGAAUCAAAGGAGGUGAAGCCAUAGUCUUGGGUGCUGCAC